CUCUGUGUCUGUUACAGGAAUCAGUCAUGGGACUGCUGCUACCUCUCCUUCUUGCUUUACUCUCCUGUUUGAUUGGAGGACUCUACCUACUUGGUGUGUUUCGACGUCACCGAUCAGGUGAACCCCCUUUGGAUAAGGGGCUCAUCCCCUGGCUGGGUCAUGUCUUGGAGUUUCGCAGGAACACAUUAAAAUUCAUCGAGAGGAUGAAGCAAAAACACGGUGAUGUGUUCACAGUGCAGCUGGGAGGGUGUUAUAUCACAUUCCUUCAGGAUCCUCUGUCGUUUGGGGCUUUUGUUAAGGAGAGUAAAGAAAAACUGGACAACUUACCGUUUGUUAAACAGCUGUCGCGCAGAGUGUUUGGAUAUGUGUCACAGGUGGAUUACCGAACUCUUCUCCAGGCCUCCAGCAACAAGUACCUCCAGGGGGAAGGCCUGAAGGUAUUGACACAAGCUAUGAUGGAUAAUUUGGAGAAUCUGAUGUCUCAUGAAAUCGGCUCAGCAGCAGACGAAAGCAGCUGGAAAGAAGAUGGACUGUUUAUGUACAGCUACAAUAUCCUUUUCAGGGCCGGCUACUUAUCUCUGUAUGGCAAUGCAUCUCCCAAGUCAGAAGAAGUUGAGGAGAAAGCCAAAGAGAAAGACAGAGCGGAAUCUGAAGCCUUGUUUAAAGAGUUUCGUAAAUAUGACCAACUCUUCCCCGACCUGGCUUACGGGGUCCUCUCACCGAGGGAAAGGUUGGAAACAAAGAGGCUGUUGGAACUAUUCUGGAAAACUCUGUCGGUGCAGAAGAUGAAGAUGAAGAACAACGUCAGUGGCUGGAUCAGGGACAAUGCCCAGUAUCGAGAGGAGAAUGAUAUGAAGGAAUCAAUGAUAAACAGAUUCAUGUUCGCGCUGCUUUGGGCCUCUCAGGGCAACACAGGGCCAGCUUCAUUCUGGCUGCUCCUCUUCCUCAUGAAACACCCAGAAGCCAUGAAAGCAGUGAAGGAAGAGAUUGAUAAGGUUCUGAAGGAAUCAGGGCAGGAAGUCAGACUCGGUGGCCCUUCUAUCAACCUGACCUAUGAAAUGCUGAAGGAAACACCCAUCCUGGACAGUGCUUUGGAAGAGACCCUCCGACUCUGUGUUGCACCUGUCCUCAGCAGAUCUGUGAUCCAGGAUAUGACCCUCAAGAUGGCAGAUGGGCGUGAAUACUUCCUCCGCAAAGGUGACAGAUUGGCUAUGUUUCCUUAUUCUGCUGUUCAAACUGACCCAGAGCUCCACCCUGACCCACAUUCAUUCAAAUAUGACCGCUUUCUGAAUCCUGACGGGAGCAAGAAAACUGAGUUUUACAAGAAUGGGCAGAAGGUGAAGUUUUACUCCAUGCCCUGGGGCUCUGGGGUCUCCAUGUGUCCCGGGCGUUUCUUUGCCUCUAAUGAGAUGAAGCAGGUUGUUUUCCUGGUGUUGGCCUACUUUGAGAUCGAGCUGAAGAAUCCUGAGGAGAAGAUACCUGAAUUCGACUUCAGCCGAUGGGGCUUUGGAUCCAUGCAGCCUAACAGAGAGGUCCAGUUUCGAUACCGGCCAACAUAUUAAACCCAACUUAUCAUUUUGACAUCUCUUAGGUACAUUCAAUAUUGUUCUGCAGGGGAACUAUUCCACUUCCAAACCUCUGAUUCCAAAAUGCACAAGCUUCCUCUUUACUGAGUCACAAUUAAAUCUGCAGUGGGACUAUGUUCCAAUGUCGUCAUGAAUCAGCUUUUAUAAAUACAUUUUAUUCAAAAACAAUGCGGACACAACCCAUUGUAGCUGCUGAGGUUAAAUAAACAGGUUGUAAAGCCAGUCGUGACUCUUGGCUUUUUGUUGUCUUUACAUAGCAGUUUGUGUUUUGGUACCUUUAUCAAUAUGUGGAUCAAUGUCGAAGGUCUUAUUUCCAGGAUCAAUGCUGCCGUAAUGCAAAAUUCUUGACAGAGAGACAGAGGAGUGCUCUCCCCGUCAACCCUUUCGUAUGCAAGAUUACCUAUGGUCAGGUUUUGGAGAUUGAUAUACUGAAAAGACAAAUUGAGGAAAGGCAUCACUUACAUUUGUUCCUUGCCAUGAACUUUCAAUGUGACACACUAUUUAUCAACAUUUUUCAGUACCCGGUUGAUGAUGUAGUAGAUGUGAUCAUAAACGUCAGAUUUCGUGUAAAGUGCGUUGCCUCCAAGACGGUGCUCUUUGUAUCCUUUAAGGAACAGAUGUCUGAAGGCGGUGAGAUUCUCAUCUUUGAAAGUGACCAUCAUCUCGUUGCUCAGGCCAAAAGACACUAACUGAUCAGGAAGACAAAUAAAAAAAGACUACAAUAAUAUGUGUAAUCAUUCUUUGUGAUAUAUAAAGGAUUUUAUACGCUACCUGUAUUGUGAUAAUGGCAAUUUUCACUAUUUGCAAGAUCAGCUUCCAGGGUUUGCGGACCCUGGCUCUAUAUUUUCACAGGGGUUCAUGAAGAAGUACUUGAACCUUCGCCUGAAAUCUUCCACCACCGUGGACUCCAGAGUGUGAGAAUUCAAUAUUUUAGCUGUUCUGGGGUCUAACUGUAUUCUUUGCAAUAAAGACAGGAGGGGGGCCUUGAGCAGGUUGGGCCAGAAAUAAGGCCUUUAUACAAAUGAUUUAUAAAUAACCCUUGCUGCAUAGUGUUAAUAAUGAAUCUUAUAAUUGUUCUGAAUUCUAACUUUUGGUAUUAAACCAUUAUUCCCCUAGAUUCAUUCACAUCAGAUAUAUUUCAUGCAGCUGUCUGAUAAGUUCUGGAGGUCGGACACAGUGACUUUGUUGACAUUGUUUUGUUUCGUCUUUUUGGUUUCGAGGAUCCUAAUGUUUACAACAACAGGACAUUGUUUGGAUAUAGCAGGAACAUCAUAUUCCUUUCUCCAAUGGCCCACAUGGCAUCAGCUGUGUCAAGGCCUUUCAUGAAGAAGAACAUUUCGCUUAGCAACUAUCAGAGUAGUAGUAGCGUCACGGAGAGCGGCUUCUUGUCACUUCCUGGAUUCCUUGACAAGAGGCGGGGGACUACAGCUGUGGACCAAUAAGGGAGAUAUUGAUUUGCGGUGACUCCCCUUCAAUCUUUUAUAACCAAUCAUAUUAAAUCUACUGUUAUAAUUAUAUAAAACCCCUUUUGUUCGGGGCCAUUAUUAACUACCUAUUGCUAACGGAUUUAGCCUAGGCUGUGAUAAUUGUCC